ACUUUAAACAGCAUGGACAUGUUUGGCCCGGGGCAACUGGUAUCAACUCUCCUGCCUGCGGUUUUCCAUUCACCUGCAGCUCACUUUUUCCCUGCCUUCCCAACCAGACUGACCUCCCAUCCUCAGAUUCUGAUCCCGGGACCCUUUAUCAGCUAUGAAUCUUUGAGGAAUUAUCUGCAACCAGAGCCACGAAAAGAAGCCUUUCUUCUAGCCACACAGGCAGCGGGGAUGGCACCACUCACAGAGAGCAUAGAUGAACAGAGGCCAGUGAAGCAGCGUCGUGCACGGGCCAACUACAGCAGCUGGCAGCUGGAGGAGCUGGAGAAGGCCUUCGAGACCACCCACUACCCAGACAUCUUCAUGAGGGAAGCCCUGGCCCUCAGACUGGACCUCAUCGAGGCAAGAGUACAGGUUUGGUUUCAAAACCGCCGUGCCAAGAUGAGGCGACAGCUGAAACUCCAGGGCCAGCUCGCAGGGCCUUAUGUAAAAAGAGACAAUGAUGAAACAUCCGAGAAAGCAAGCAGGAGUUUAAAACAGCCGACAGAAAGUUCUGAUGGCGAGCACUGGGAGAGGCGACAGGAAGGAGAGAACUAUCCAUGGACAAAAGCUGUGAGUGCUGCGCUGAGCGUGUGUAUGCAGCCUGUGACCCAGAGGUCGGGGAAGUGGGAGAGGCUGGAGGGGCCGAGCUCAGAGGAGCUCCGCUCCUGCAGCAUUGCCAAGCUAAGGGCCAAAGCCAGGGAGCACGAGGCCGAGAUCCACGGCACUGUAAACAUGUCAGGAGGUGACACACAAUCACAAAGACAGGAAGAUGAUGCCAUGCACAGUGAUAAAUAG